AAAAAAAAAAAAAAAGGUGCUUCGCUAGCUGCACCGGGCUGACGGCAGAGCUGCUCAGGUAGCCAGCAGGACCGCCGCGGGCUCCCGCUAGUCUACCGAACGACACUUCCCCUCUGUGGUCGACACGUCAAGAGUGUCCGGCGAGCCGCACCAUCCCCAGAAAACCGUUGGGCGCUUUUCUACCGGCAUUAUCCAUCCCCAGUCUCCGAAGAUGAUACCUGGAAAACGAAGAGCGGCGGUCAUGUCCCUCUCGGUGGCGAUAUUUGGAACACUGAUGCUGCAGUCCGUCUCUUCCCAGAACGAGCCCUCAAUUUCUGCCUCUGAGCAUGCCUUGCUCAGUGCGGACGUGGACAGUCUGAUGCUGCAGUGCAACCUGACCAGCGCCCACAGCGUCCAUCAGGAGAGCUACUGGAUGAAAAACGGCGAGGAGAUCCUUGAAACGCGCAGCCCAAACCGGAACACCGAGUACAGGCUGAACAGGCCAAGAGGAGACGACGCCGGGGUCUACAUGUGCGUCUACAUCUUCGAGAUGGCGCCACCAGCCAACGCCACGAUUGAAGUUAAAUCUCCUCCUAUGAUAACAGGACACAAGCGCAGUGAGAAUAAGAAUGAAGGCCAGCGUGCUGUGCUGUACUGUAAAUCGGUUGGAUAUCCUCACCCGAUGUGGAGCUGGUACAAGGCAGAAAAUGGUAUUUUUAAGGACAUUGACAACACAACUGGACGCUUCAUCGUCAGCAGCAAGGACAACUACACCGAGCUCCACAUUGCCAACCUGGACAUUAAUGCAGACCCGGGCGAGUACAUGUGCAAUGCCACCAACAUGAUCGGCAGCAUCACCGAGAAGUCCGUGUUGAGGGUUCGCAGCCAGUUGGCUCCCUUAUGGCCUCUUCUAGGAGUUUUGGCUGAGAUCAUCAUCCUGGUCGUAAUCAUAGUUGUUUAUGAGAAGCGUAAGAAGCCAGAAGAUUUACAAGACGGAAAACCAAUUCUACCAACAAUCACAAGGACAAGAAUCUCCGCCAGAGGAACACAAACUGAGCAGCCUGUCUGCCAAGUCUCGUAACACAUGUAUUGACCAUAUGAAGGUAAAAAUGAGGGGACUCCAUACCAUUUGUUGAUUGGAUGUGUCUGCCAUUAAAAGUAUUGGUAUGGGGAGGGGGUUAAAUGAGGCAUGCCUUAUGAUUUUAUCGUGUGAGGUGAGGAGAUACUAAGACCAUUAUGGAAUUGUUAACAUAAUAAUCAUUGUUGCUGCAUGCACUUGUUGACGUUUUUGAUUAUUUAUUUUUUUUGGGGGGGGGUUGUUUGGUUUUUCUUCUUCUCAUCCACUAAUUUUGCAUUUUUACUACUACUUCUAAAAUAAUGCAUGCAAGAUGUUGACCUUCUGUUUGAUACAGAAAUGGCUUUUUUUUUUCCUACGAGUGUGACUCAAUGUAGAAAAUCUGUACUGUGAAAAACAAAACUCAGCAAUGUAAAAGAGAAGACAAAUCUAAUCUGGUAUGACAGAUGUGUACAGUUUUAUCAUUCUGCAGCAUACUGUUAAUUUAUUUAUCAGACAAUACACACAUAUAUAUAUAUAUAUAUAUUUCACAUUUUAAGGGCUUUGCAGUGUCCCUCUUAAAUUGGUUAAGAUUUACUUUACUGUAUGUAUGUACUGUGUGUUAAAUCGCUCGAACUAUGUAAAUCACCAUUGAUAUAAAGAAUAUUCAUAUUAUAUGAUGCACUUAAAUGUUGAGAAUAUUGACGAAUUGUAUAAACCUACUUUAGGAAAUCUGUAUCAAUCAUUCCAACAUAUUAUUUUAUAUGUGUAUUGUACAGCAUGGCUAUUAUCCUAUGCAAUUAUUAUCCAUAUCAAUAUAUUGAAAACCAUUGCAGCUUCUGAUUUCUCUGUGACAAAGCUUUAAACUAGUAGGAUCUCCGUAGAGCGUCAAUGGCAUACUACACAGCUGCAUGAGUCCUAUACAGCUGACGUGGGAGGCGGGGAAAGAAAGCCCACGUCGGAGCUGACACAUGUGAAGAAAUUCCAAUUUGUCCAGUCAUUUUUAUGAAUAAAUAUCCCAAGAGAUUGAAAA